CAACAACAGCAGCAGCAGCAACAACAGCAAGUACAACAACAAGCAUAUAACGGCGACUUGAACUUCACCACAUUCGCUGAACUUUGCCGCCUCUGUUCAAUACGAAAUGGUCCCGCCAAAAUUCAUCUCUUCGAAAAGGAGGCGGAGCAAAGGAAUUUGGUCUACAAACUGCGCACGUUAAUGUCAACAAAUAUAACCAAGGACGACUACCUUCCAAAGAAUAUCUGUGAGCAAUGCGUACACAAAGUGGAACAACUCUUUGAUUGGCAACAAUCAGUUACGCAGAUUGAAAACAUUCUGCAAAAUUAUGCGGAUUCGAUGAGAGCGGUGACGGCCACAAUUAAUUUUCAGGACGGUACCGUUAAUAUGGAUAAAAUGACGGUAGCUCAGAAAAAUGCAUACCUGGAAGCGCAUAUGGCAGUACAACAACAAAUGGCGCAGGCGGCAAUUCAGUUUAAGCAGCAACAGCAGCAGCAGCAGCAACAACAACAACAGCAAUCGUCCACAAAUUCCACGCAGCAACAACAAAAUUCGCCCACAACCAAUAACAAUAACAACAAUAAUAACAACAAUAACAAUUCGACACAGCAGCAAUUGCAACAGCAGCAGCAACAACAGCAACAGCAGCAGCAACAACAACAACAGCAACAACAAGCACACUACGCCAGCACGAUUAAGGUACCACAAAUAAGUUCCUCCAGUUCGGGUGGCGCUGAAAGUACGUUCACCGUGCCGGACGAUGUGGGUAUGGGUUUCGAGGGCGGUGUACGCGUACUACAAAGUUUGGGCAGCUGGUCACCGGACAAUGUUACCUAUAAUAUACCCAAGCCGAAUCUAAUACCCUUCACCGAACCCUACGUUGAGGGCGGUUCCAUGCAUCCGGCCAGCCGUCUGAAGGCAUUACAACAGGUGCAGCAGGCAUCGUCGGGUGUGCGCAAAACGAAUCCAUCAAAAAAUCCCAACAACAAAGCAUUCGAAUGUACCGUAUGCGGUAAAGGACUCGCCAGAAAGGAUAAGCUCACAAUACACAUGCGUAUACAUACGGGCGAGAAACCCUAUAUUUGUGAAGUGUGCAAUAAAGCAUUCGCCAGACGCGAUAAACUUGUGAUUCAUAUGAAUAAAUUCAAACACGUAACGCCAACGAAUAUAGCGCCAUUGGGCAAGCGUCUAAAUAAUAUGGUGAAAAAGAAAGAGCCCGAACCGGAGGACAAUAAGCAGAAUUUGGAAUUGCAGCUGCAGCAACAGGCCGUGCAAGUGGCCACACAAAAUAUAAUAGUGCAAACAACCAGCGGACAACAUAGUACACAAACCACAGCCAUACCGGGCAUCAUAAUACCGCAUCAUCAUCAACAACAGCUGUCGUGGACUUGUGAAUUAUGCGGUCGCAUGUUUUCGAGUCGGGACGAGUGGACACUGCAUGCCAAGAGCCAUUUAGAGUAUUGACAACAGGAACAGGAAACAAUAGAGGAAACUAAGAUAACAGCAACAACAACUGCAGCAACGGGAGCAGUAAACAAUAG